AAUAUUCCAUAACUCCCUGAAAACAUGUCUGAGUCUCCAGUCAGCCCUGGGAAGGUAACUCUCUUCCGUCAGGAAGCACCAGGAGGCCUCACCUACCGCAUUCCAGCACUACUCUACCUGCCCCCUGAGUCAGCUUUCCUGGCGUUUGCGGAGAAGCGCUCCUCAUUCAAGGAUGAACACGCCGAAUUCCUGGUGAUGAGGCGGGGACUGAAAGACAGAAUGUCUGUCCAGUGGGGUCCUCAGGAGUCCCUGAAGACUGCCAUGUUGCCCAAACACCGCACCAUGAGUCCCUGCCCGGUGUACGACCGGAAGAGCGGCAGAGUCUUCCUCUUCUUUAUCUGUGUGCAGACUGGCAUUACGGAGUGGCAGCAGAUCAGGACAGGGAGGAACGCUGCCCGGCUGUGUUACGUCUUCAGCCAAGAUGGCGGCCGCACAUGGAGCCAGACGACGGACCUGACCGAGCAGGUGAUUGGAGAGGACUUGAAGAACUGGGCCACCUUUGCUGUGGGGCCGGGCCAUGGCCUGCAGUUGAGCUCCGGGCGUCUGGUGGUUCCAGCGUACACCUACUACAUCCACAAGCCUUCCUCCGGUCAAACACCCGCCACCCCCUGGACCCACCCCCAUUGCUUCACUUUCUACAGCGAUGAUGGCGGGCAAAGCUGGUCCCAGAGCCAGCUGUUCAUGGCCUUGCGGACAUCAGAGUGCCAAGUGGCUGAGCUGACUUGCCCGGAUGAAAGCCGAGUGUUAUACUACAACGCCCGCAGUCCAGACGGAUGCCGGGCUGAGGCCAUCAGCAUGGCCGAUGGACGCUGGCUUGAGGAGCCUUGCCCGUGCAAGGAGUUGUGUGAGCAGCCGCCACAUGGUUGCCAGGGGAGUGUGGUGAGUUUUGCCCCAGUGCUGAAGCCUUCGGAGCGGGACCGAAAGGACGAUACGGAUGCAUCAACCCUUCCACUGGGCAUUGACCCCUCGUCAGCGUCCUCCAAGAGCGCCAAGUCCUGGCUGAUUUUCUCCCAUCCCACACACAAACGAAAGCGCCUGGAUUUGGGCAUCUACCUGAAUACUUCCCCACUGGAGAAGCAUUGCUGGAAAUCCCCCUGGGUGCUGCAUGAAGGCCCCAGCGGCUACUCAGACCUGGCCGUGUGCGAGGAGGGGGAGUCCCUGACUUUCGGGUGCCUGUUUGAGUGCGGGGUGUCCUGCGAGUGUGAGGAGAUUGCCUUCCGGCUGUUCACCGACGUCGAACUCCUGAGGAACGCGAGGGAAGCUUGCUCUUGUGCAGCUUCCCAAAACUAAGCUCAAGAAUACACAGCCAUCGAGGGCAGAAAUCAAGAAGCGUCCUUUUGCCCAUCUCUGUGAUGCCACUGUCUCGGAAAUAUAGAAAAUGGCCGCUGCCUCUCGGCGAUAAGGAACAGGCCUUCCUAUGUAUCUCGUGACAGAAUACGGGGAAAGGAAGCCUCAGCGCCUGCAGUUCAAAGUUUCGACUUGUUGUGCAUCACACAUGUGGGCUCUGCGCCUGCGUGGCGCCACAUUUCUGGAAACUUCUAGAGCUGAGGAAACCGUUUUGGCGGGAACCCCUCCCCCACUGUUCACUUCACAUGUCCUAAUGGCUUCCCACCGUUCCCUCGGUUCUCUUUCAACCGCCCUGCCGAAAG